GGGCACCGCCCGGGGAGGUGGUGCUCUUGUCUGCGCAUGCGCCUCGCGUCACCCGGCUCCUCUGAGGUGGUAAACCUGCUCCGCGGUGUGUAGCGGGAUGGUCCCACGGUGCCAGACUGGCUGAUGUUAGGAACCAGGUGAUAUUUGCUGUCCGCCAAGAGUAUGUCGAGCUCGGAGAUCAGCAGCUCCUGCUUCAGCCUGGAGACGAAGUUGCCAUUGUCCCUCCAAUUAGUGGAGGAUAAUGCACCUGAGCCAUCUAGCAACGAUGUGGAUGAGGUUGAAGAGAAACCGAAGGACGUAAUACAGUUGACUGCCGAGAAACUUUCAGUGGACCAAGUGUCACGGUUGGUCAUCUCCCCGCUGUGUGGUGCAGUGUCCCUCUUUGUAGGGACUACAAGAAACAACUUUGAAGGCAAAAAAGUCAUCAGUUUAGAAUAUGAAGCAUAUGUACCAAUGGCAGAAAAUGAAAUCAGAAAAAUUUGUAGUGACAUUAGACAGAAAUGGCCAAUCAAACACAUAGCGGUGUUCCAUCGGCUCGGUUUGGUUCCAGUGUCAGAGGCAAGCACGAUUAUUGCUGUGUCCUCGCCUCACAGAGCCGCAUCCCUUGAAGCUGUGAGCUACGCCAUUGACUCUCUAAAAGCCAAGGUGCCUAUAUGGAAAAAGGAAAUAUAUGAAGAAUCAGCUUCAUCUUGGAAAAGAAACAAAGAAUGCUUCUGGGCAGCCGGUGACUAAUCAGUUUUUGGUGCACUAAAUCUUUAAAUUAGGUAAACAAUCUCUUAGGUUACACAAAUGGAGAAAUAGCAAAAUGCAUGAGUGUGCGGGACGAGGGGCUACCUAGGAACUAAAAAUGGGGAGAAAUGGCUUGAUUCGAACAUGAGGCAAGGCACCUGUGGCAGACCCAUCCU